AUGGAUGAGUUCGUAGACUACAACGUUUCGAUGAUCGAUUUUUUGAAGACUAAUGAGAUAUCAGUGAACAAAUGUAGUCUAUUCCACUGGUAUAGUAAUAUCAACAUAGAUAAACACGCCGCAUAUCUCCUGGAGAAUAUUAAAAUCAACAAUGAGUUCAAUUUUUAUCUACACAUUAAAAACGUCAAUUUGGAUUUAAAAAUUCCAAAAGGUCUUACGAAAUUGAAAAUGAUCAAUACGAAUUGGAUUGGAUAUAAGCAACUACUGGAAAUAGAUAGUGUCACAGUUGAUGUGUAUAAAAAUCGAAUUUCGUAUAAUGACUGGAACCUUUUCUUUAAGAAAUGGAUAUCCAUGGAGACUAAUUUGAAUCUGGAACUAUUGGACUUUGUAUUCGAAUCAAUGAAAGAAUUCAAAGAUGGUGUUUUGUUCGAUAUACCGUACGAAGUGGUUGACAGAGGAGUCAAAAGAGACAUAAAGACGUGA